AUGGAGAAGCAGCAACAGCAGGAGACUGAGAAGCAGGAAGAAACAAAGCAGGAUCAGGAGAAACCAAAAAUGGAGAUUCUGGAAAGCGGAGUGAAUGAAAGGGACGAACCAAAAGGACUCAACCUUCCCCAGAAACCCGACACCACUGAUGCCACUUCGUCUCCUCCUGCUGGUGCGUUGUUGCCUAAGACCGAUGGCACUGCGGAUGGCGAGAAGCUUCUUGCUCAGCACACAGAUGGCAGCGGCGUCCCUGUUUGGGUGCGUGCGCCGCUGAUGAUGCUGCUGCUGGCCUGUGUGACUGUGUGA